UCCAAUGCAAGCCAUGAAAGUUUAAAUGAGGGAUGUUCAUUGGAUCGACUGUAAGUGUCGCUGACUCGUACAUUGUGCGAGAUACUGGAUUGUGAUCACUGCGUCUACGUUUUCUAUUGCGUUAAAGUGAAGUAAAUAAUGAGUGAGCAAAAGAGCGGUGAAGAUUUAGCAACGGCAAUUCUUCGAAAGAAGGAUAAGCCGAACAGAUUAUUGGUCGAAGAUGCUGUUGCAGAUGAUAAUUCUGUUGUGGCUCUAUCUCAAACAAAGAUGGACGAGCUGCAACUUUUUCGAGGGGAUACAGUAUUGUUGAAAGGGAAAAGACGCAAAGAGACAGUGUGCAUUGCUGUUUCCGAUAAUACCUGUUCCGAUGACAAAAUUCAAAUGAACCGUGUUAUAAGAAAUAAUUUACGUGUACGUUUGUUUGAUGUCGUUUCUGUUCAAGCAUGCCCACAAGUUAAGUAUGGGAAACGCAUUCAUGUAUUGCCAAUGGACGAUACAAUAACCGGUCUUACAGGAAACUUGUUCGAAGUAUAUUUAAAACCAUACUUUUUGGAAGCAUAUCGUCCUAUUCACAAGGAUGACAACUUUAUCGUACGCGGUGGUAUGCGUGCUGUAGAAUUUAAAGUAGUCGAAACAGAUCCAGCGCCAUUUUGUAUUGUAGCUCCUGAUACGGUUAUUCAUUGGGAAGGUGAUCCUAUUAAAAGAGAGGAAGAAGAGGAGGCGUUAAAUGCAGUUGGUUACGACGAUAUUGGUGGCGUUCGGAAACAGUUGGCUCAGAUAAAAGAAAUGGUAGAGUUACCUUUACGACAUCCAUCUUUAUUCAAAGCUAUAGGAGUAAAACCACCGCGUGGUAUUCUCUUAUACGGGCCACCCGGUACAGGAAAGACGCUUAUUGCUCGAGCCGUAGCAAACGAAACGGGAGCAUUCUUCUUUCUCAUUAAUGGGCCUGAAAUAAUGAGUAAACUUGCGGGAGAGUCGGAAAGCAAUUUACGAAAAGCAUUUGAAGAAGCUGAUAAAAACUCACCAGCUAUAAUUUUCAUCGACGAACUCGAUGCUAUUGCUCCAAAAAGAGAAAAGACACACGGAGAGGUAGAAAGACGUAUAGUGUCUCAACUGUUAACUUUGAUGGAUGGUAUGAAACAAAGUUCUCACGUUAUUGUCAUGGCUGCUACCAAUCGGCCCAACAGCAUCGACGGAGCAUUACGUCGGUUCGGUCGUUUCGACAAAGAAAUUGAUAUUGGAAUACCCGAUGCCACCGGUCGUCUAGAAAUUUUACGAAUUCAUACAAAAAACAUGAAGCUUGCAGACGACGUUGAAUUAGAAGAGAUCGCGCAAGAAACACAUGGCCAUGUUGGAGCAGAUUUGGCUUCGUUGUGUUCCGAAGCGGCAUUGCAACAAAUUCGUGAAAAAAUGGAUGUUAUCGAUUUAGAAGAUGAGGACAUAGAUGCUGAGGUUUUAUCUUCCCUUGCCGUCACUAUGGAUAACUUUAAGUAUGCGAUGAGCAAGAGUAGCCCAAGCGCAUUACGCGAGACCAUCGUAGAGGUUCCAACCGUCACAUGGGACGAUAUCGGCGGGUUACAAAAUGUUAAGAUGGAAUUGCAGGAGUUGGUACAGUAUCCAGUCGAACAUCCUGAAAAAUUCUUGAAAUUUGGCAUGCAACCGUCAAGAGGGGUAUUGUUCUAUGGGCCUCCCGGGUGUGGUAAAACAUUAUUGGCCAAAGCAAUAGCCAAUGAAUGCCAAGCAAAUUUCAUUUCUGUCAAAGGUCCAGAAUUAUUAACAAUGUGGUUUGGCGAAUCCGAAGCCAACGUUAGAGACGUUUUCGAUAAAGCACGUUCGGCAGCUCCUUGCGUAUUAUUCUUCGACGAACUCGAUUCCAUUGCGAAGUCUCGGGGAGGUUCGCUAGGAGAUGCUGGCGGAGCAGCAGAUCGUGUAAUAAAUCAAAUCCUAACAGAAAUGGAUGGAAUGGGGGCGAAAAAGAACGUGUUUAUCAUUGGGGCAACUAAUCGUCCCGAUAUUAUUGAUCCUGCCAUUCUACGACCUGGUAGAUUAGAUCAAUUAAUUUAUAUACCAUUACCGGAUGAGAAAUCUCGCGAAGCAAUUUUCAGAGCCAAUCUCCGAAAAUCGCCUGUAGCAAAGGAUGUAGAUCUAAGCUAUAUAGCUAAAGUGACGCACGGAUUCUCGGGUGCUGAUAUAACGGAAAUUUGCCAGCGUGCGUGUAAACUUGCUAUAAGGCAGUGCAUCGAAGCUGAAAUUCGAAGGGAAAAAGAACGUAUUAACAAUCCAUCUGCAUCCAUGGAUAUGGAUGAAGACGAUCCUGUGCCAGAAAUUACUAGAGCUCACUUCGAAGAAGCAAUGAGAUUUGCGCGACGUUCUGUAUCCGACAACGAUAUUCGAAAAUAUGAAAUGUUCGCGCAGACACUGCAACAGUCCCGUGGAUUUGGAACUAAUUUUAGAUUUCCGCAAAGUGGAGCAAGCGGAACACAAGAUACAACGCAAGGUGAUCAAACCUUCCAGGAUGAUGGUGACGAUGAUCUUUACAGCUAAGUCUUCGUGUCUUUGUACCUCGAUACAGUGAGCAUACGACAAAAGGGCCUGUUUCUGUUUUAUAGAAAACACUUUGUGUUCGUAACACAAAUUUUACAGAGAAGUAAUUUUAAGAAAUUUAAUAUGCGGAAAUAUAUACGAAUCGAAUUCAGCCAUUACUAUUAUAUAGGGCAGAUUUUAAGUAAGCCUACGAUAAGAAUACAAAAAUUUAAUUGAAAGGAACAUUUUCACAUUUGGUAUUGUCUGGUACUAAAUGUUGAAAGAAAUAAACAUAAAAUGAAAUUGUGAAUUGUAUCGCGUUAUUUAAAUUCAUUUAAACGUAACAUUUAAAUAUAUUCCUGUUUUACUUUAUACGCAUUUAUAUUGAAUCGAAUAAAAAAUAUAUAUAUAUAUAUAAGAUUUCAAAAUAGAGUAAUAAUUAUUUCGGUGUAAAUGAUUGUAUUUCAUUAGAUAUUAUUAACACGACAAUGAAACAUAAACUGCCCUAAUAAAAUAUUUCGUCUUGUAUGUAUGCUGCAUAGAGUCAUACAAACUGCCCAUUUUCUUAACAUUCUCGAUCCAACUAUAUGUUUGAGUUAUUUACAUGAAAUGUAAUUUCAGUUCCUCAACAAAUGGUUUUACAUGGUUUCAGAAUUAAUUAGAAAUGGACCCUUUUGUUACGUAGUCACUGAAUUAUAUAAUUACAUUUUAUUGUUCACACUCUGAGAUUACAGUAAUGUGAGAGUUUAUGCUAUGUCAGUGAAAUUGUUGGAACUGGUGAUGUGUAUUGGUGAAUUUGCAGUCUGCUUGUAGUAGUAAAUUUACUUACAAAUUACCAAAGAAUCUUUUGAAAACCUUUCAUUUUAGAAUAAAGCGUUGAAAUUAUUCAUUUUCUAUUGCUCACAAUUUGAUAAAAAUUUGAAUUUUACUAAAGAUAGUACAGUGACUAAGUAAGAUUAUAUUGGUGUACAAUAAAGUUAUACAAUUUAUAUGUUUUUUGGCGUAAUUUUACCAAUUACUUUAUUUGAAAUUUUAUCCUUUAUUAUUAAACUAUAUUUAGCGACGAUUAUAUAUAACGAUGAUUAACAAAAUGUCCGACGA